CUUAGCACUUUUGUUCCUCGAUCAUGCUCAUUUUUUCUGUACUUUGAUUCAGUCAACUUGAACGAAUUUAACAUGGUUUGUGGAGGCCACUUUUUUGUCUCAGUAGACUCUGCUGCACUAGCCUAUAAUAGAAAUGCGUUUUUGUGCACACAAACUGGUUUAAACCACAAGUAAAUUUACACUUUACUGACCGUUCCAAGGCGGUAUCUAACAUUCUUUGAUAAACACACCUAUAUUUUUAUAUAGUAUAUAUAUAUAUAUAGUGUGUUCUUUGUGGAGUUUUGUGCUGUUCUUCCAUGUUACUUGUUUGUGAUUGUUUGUUUUUGUGUUCUAUGUCUUUGGCGUUUACACUGUGGCAUAAAACGGGGCUUAUGUAACUUUUGGCUACUGAGCUUGUUUCUGUUGUUUUUAAUAUAAAUAUUUAUCUUACAAAAAUAUUUGUUCAUCAAUGGGCUUCAACUAUCAGUAGUAAAAUUGCUUAAUAAGAACAUACAUCAUCUGUAUCGCUGUUGCUGUGGUCUGCCAACGCCGCUGUCUUCUCAUGCGUUACAAGUAAGUGAUUAAAAAUCCAUCGUGUUUCUUUAUAGGUUUACUUAUACAAUAUGAAGUUGUUUAUGAGCUUAUUAUGCAGCAUGUCUACUUAUUAAGAAAGUAGCCGUCUUGGCAAACACGAAUAUCUGAGCAGAACGUUGGCUGGUUCAUUUCAAUUCUGCAAAAGCUGAGACACUUUUAGUCUCUGGAAUGAUAAACGGUCCAUCAGAUCCGACAGUUUUUAUCUAUAAUACAAAGAAUAAUGAAGUUACUUCACUUACAUACUUCAAAUGAGGCCAAACAAUUAUCAAACACAGCAACAAACUCCGACUCAUAAUUUGAACGGAUUUGACUACAACCUACUUUUUGACAUGUCAUUUCUCCUUUUCAGAAUCACUUGUACUCUUCUAUUUACUUCCUUUUAAAUACCUCGUUAGAAUUUAUUGACUUUUAUUUACUUUAUCCCAAAUACCAUUACAGUUUCCAAUACGAAUUAUUGUCAUUUACACCAUCACAUAUUGUAACUACAUAACUAAUUAAUACACGAACUUUACACCUAUAAGAAUGGCUGGAUCGAAAACAGUGUAUAAACUUAAAAAAAAUCAUCUCAAUUAUGUCAAUACAUUUCGACCAACAUUAUGCCUUUUCAUCUAAUUUAGCUUGCGUUUUCACAUAUAAUUGUUUGAUAUGCUUAAUGUUUAUAUUCUCCAUUAUGUAUUGAUUAUCUACUUACGUAUCAGAACAUAAUUAAAUACUAGCCACAAUAAUCCGCGUUAUGGCAACGAUUUUAACAUUUGGACUUUCAUUACGUCUCCAUGUGCGUAGUCGCAGAAUCAAAUGAUCGUGAACAAACUGAAGCGGCUAUUUCUAUGGACAAGGUGGAGUACAAACUUUUUGAGAAAAAUAUAUAUGUUUUAUAGUUACAGUUGGACCAUUUUGACAGGAAACUAAAUAGAAGCAUGCUUAUGGUUGUUGUAUGUGUGAAAGUAAUUUUCAUAAUUUUGUUCUAUAUUAAUGGAAAAUACAUUUUGAAAUUAACACGGAUAUUUCAACCUUUGUUUGGUAUAUGUAACCUCAAAAUUUUGAAACUAAUCUUGACUUAAACAAUCUAACUACUCUACCUAAUCUAAAUUGUUUUUAAAGACAUAUAAAUGUUUUAUUUAUCUCGUUUGUUUAUAAAAGAGAGCUCAAAAAACGUUUGUAUGCCAAUAGAAGACUAAAGCCGAUGUCCUGUCGUCAUUGACUAUAGCAUUGUACUGUUCCCUUGUUCCAGAGCUCCUCCCCAGGUCAGAAGAAAAGAUGAUAUCUCAAGAGCUCGUACCAACAACUCAUGCAAAGAAAAGCUAUACAAUAAAGGAUACAAAGAAUCUGUCAGCGGAAGAUGGGUUUUCGAGAGCCAAGUUUUUACGCCGCGCAUGUGAGAACAGCAUACAUAGAUCGGGGAAUAAAGGGAUCCGAGUGAGUUUCGACCCGCAUGCUAACGCCGUGUACUGUCCGCUGUGUAAGAUUGCUUCCACCUUCUGGGAAAGGAUUUUCCGUAUGAUGGCGCUUAACAACAAAGGUACACGAAAUGGGACAGUAUUGACCGCUUUUGAUGUGCCUAUCUCAGAUAUAAGUCGUUCCAAUGAUUAUUUGGACCUUAAAAACUGGACUGUUGGUAGUAAAGACGCAACAAAAAGUUUUCGAUUUAUGUUUGUUAGGAACCCGUUUGAUAUGCUGUUUUCCCUUUACGUUGAUAAACUUGUUGGACCUAAUCCGUAUUUCAGUAGGUUUUCACAAGCUAACAAAAAACAAUGUGGAUAUGCGAAUAUUUCGUUCCGACAACUGCUUGAACAUGUGAUUAUCACGGAUAAGAAGGGGAAACCUCUUGACUGUCAUGUUGCGAAGUGGGAUGCUUGUUUACCAUGUGAGGUUAACUACACAUAUAUAGGCAAAAUGGAAACGUUUAAAGAUGACACCUCAGUUAUAUUGUCGGCUCUUGGACAGCUCAAGAGUCUAGAUGCAAUGAAAGCCAAAUUCACUGACCUCCACGCCCAUGACGCUAUUCAAGAUUCGGUAUCUGGACCUUUCGAAUGGCGUAAGAACAUUGUUAAGUGCAUGUCAUGGCCAGAUGCCCUGCGUAGGGUCUGGCGGAAGUUGCAGAUUCGAGGAGUUAUAGGGACUACGGGAUUUUCGCUCUCCGAAUUUGAGGCAGAGUCUAUCAAUAGGACUGAUUACAUAAAAGUUCUUAAGAAAGUUAGGGAGAAAAGUACAGCAAGCGAAAGACGUAUGAUUAAGCAGUUUUCUUUCAUUGAAGCAUACAGGAAUAUUCCUGCGGAAAUAUUAGACAGUAUUAAACAAGUGUAUAGACAUGAAUUUAAUUUAUUCAAUUUUAGCGAUGAUACUGAAAUAUUUCGCCAAUUGGAUCAAUACAAAGCAAUAGGUUUCUUUAAUUACUCCAACAUCGAUAGUAACAUUAGGUUUUAAACUUUGGAUUAGGUUUAAUUACAUUCCCAAUGAAAAACAACAAGGAAUAAUAGUAUGGUACUUUGAUUGGCAAUUAUAAAACAGAACAUGGUUUAGAUCUAUCAGAAACAUCCAACAUACUCCGCUUGAUAAGCGCCAAACAGUUCUGCAACACUCUGAGAAAAGUAAGUCUUGCUAGAUGUACCAUGCAUUUAUUAAUGGAUGGAAUAUAAAGAUAAUUGAUAAACUGCAUUUAGACUUUGUAUUACCAUACAGUUUUAUGUAUUUUUUUAUUGAGGACAUUAAAAUGAUAAUUGUUCCAUCCGAAGCACAUGAGGGUACGCAAUUAAUGAACUUAUUUUAUAGAUAACGUCGCAACCAUAUGCUUAUUAUAUAGUGUCAUUAAAUAGUUGUAAUAUGUACAUAUCGAUAUGACAUUUUUUUGUGGUCAUUUAUUAUAAUUAUACGCCGCGCAAGUUGUGAAAAUAAUAACUUGUCCUUAUUCCCUAAAAUCAAUUUUGCUCUUAAACCGAUUUGUUUUUGUUCAACACAUUGCAUUUAUAUGUAUAGACCAUAGUGUAGUAAAGGUGCAGUAUGGAAUAAAUGUCUGGUGACAUUAAAUCCAAAAUAUUAAAUAGAUGUUUAUAUUAUCCCGCAAUAUCGGCAUAGAAUCAAGUAGUUCCUAGGCACUUUGGCUGCUCCUUUAGUUUUGUAAUUUUUACACUUCUUGUAUUAGCCAUUAGGGUUUCUGCUAAGCUGAUUAUUUGCAUACUUGGAUAUUUGUUUUGAGAGUAAUCAAUUCUAACAUGGGUAUUUCUGUUUGUGUGUUAAGGUUAUUUAAACAAUAUUUAUUGUCUGAUGUAUUCUGCUUCAAUUAAGGUUUUUUGUUGACACUUUCUGCUAAUGAGCAUGGUCCUGUAGUUUUUCAUAUAUAUAUACUGUAAAACAGGUCUGCAAGUAAAUUACCAUAGUAAGCACACAUAUGUUAACCUAUUGUUUGAAGAAAAAACUCCUGUCAACAUUUGAAUGAAUUAAGCAUCAAAAUUACAAACAAUUGGAAUACAAACAAAGCACUCCAGAAACGUCAGAUCCGGUCCAGUUAAUAUGUUUGUAAAAUGGAGUAUAGUCAAAACUGCUUUUGUAUCAUUUACUGCUAAGAAUGUCGUCUUUUUGUGCAAUGUUGUUUUUCAAUUAGAAAUAUUAAUUGCUUCAUAAGCAAAUGUAAAGUAAUAGAUCUAUAUUACAUUU